GUCGAGAGACCGAGACAACGGUUUAUAUCACGACGCCAAGCCUCGACCAUGCUCGGAAAGCUCGGCGCGCUCUGCCUCCUUAGCGCGGCCUACUUCCGCCCGGAAGCGUGUCUCCAUGGCAUCUCUCUCGUGGCCUCGAUGGCCUCGAUGGACGUCGGCGACGUCGCGGCCUCGCCCCACAGCGCGCUCUUUGUGCGCCUCGUCCUCACCUUGGUGGCGUUCUCGUCCGCGGUCGCCCGGACGCGGUCCAACUACCUCACGCUGCUGGCGCUGCUCGUGUGUCUCCAGACGUUCUGCCUCCAGCUGCACAUGCAGAGCGAGACGUACGAGGCGCUGCCGCUGGCCAAGCCGGCGCAGCUGGUCUUUUUCCAGCUCCUCGCGACGAUCACCUUUAGCCUCGUGCUCGCGGUCGGGUACUUUGCGCCGCUCCCGCUCUCGCAGCGCCAGCUCUACCGCAAGCGCCUUGUCGAGUUUUACACGACGUACAACCCCGACAAGCUCGACGACGUCGACAACAUCCUGCGCCGGUACCGCCACCAUGAAGAGGUUCUCUUUACGCGACUCAAGAAGAAGUACAUCUUGCACGACCUUAUCGAGGCGAGCGACGACGAGAGCGACGAUGAGCACGAGACGUCGACGGACGACGAGCCCAAGACGUUGUCGACGCCCGUGGCCAAGCGCGAUAGCGAGGACAAUGACGAAGAGGACAACGAGGAAGAGGACGAAGAACCGAGCACGCCACCGCCGUCGACGCCGCAAGCUCGUGCUGAUACCGCGCCCCGCGUGCGCACGGCCAUGCAGGAGGUCCAAGCCGCCCAACAAGCACGCAUCGAAGAGCGCAUCCAGCAGCUCAAGAAGGCCAAGGCCUAGUCGAUCCUGCGUGCGCCGUAGAGCAGUCUCUCUCGUCACACGGUCUGUCCUUUCUAAAGCGGAUUCUUGUGACAGCCGGGGUUGGCAUUGCUUGCCUCGCAGCCGCAUCGAGAGCACGCAUA